AUGGACGCACCGCACUACAUGACUAUGACAGGAAUCAGUCCUGAAAAAGUUGCCAUUAUGGCAUUUUCACUGGGCACGGGAGUGGUGGUGUUGGGGGUCAUCUAUAACUACUUUUUCCACCCCCUGGCGCAAGUCCCUGGACCUUGGACCGGUGCGAUUUUUCCUUUCUGGACGAUGAGCAGCUUGUACCGCCGGAGGUUAAACCCCGAUCUGGCAGAACUACAUAAAAAAUAUGGUCAGAUACUCUCCCCAGCUUCUCGAGGGCUACGGCAGCCCGCUGAUAUGCCAGCGGGACACAAUACAGGCCCUGUUGUUCGAGUUGGCCCCAAUCAACUGUCAUUCGCAAGCGUCGAAGCCCAGAAGAUGAUCUACAAUGCCAAGCCGACGCAUACCGGCUCCGAUGAAUUAUUUGGUAGAGACGGAACCCUACAGGAUGUGUUGCUCUCAAUGAUACUAGGAGCAGCCAACAUCGGUUCGCUCUCGAACCGAGCUGAGCACAAGAAGAUGCGAAAGCGCUUACAGCCUGGUUUUACGUCCAGGGCGCUUUUCGAACAGGAAUCCCUGCUGCGGCUGCACAUGGACCGCCUCUUGAAUGGACUUGCGCAAGAUGCAGGGGUGGUCGAUUUGACUGAAUAUUUUUCGAGGUUCCUCUGGGACCUUAUUGGUGAUCUUUCAUUCGGAGAACCUCUAGUGCGAGAGAAGCACGGCCUUUACAAAGACACGCUGCGGUCGCUGGUUGGGUUAUACCAAGGGUGCUUUCCCGUCCUGGAAGCUAUCAAUUAUGCCGUUCCGCAAAUCGAAGGAGUUCUCAAGCUUGUUUUGCAGCUGGUACCGCCAGCUACUCUACGCGCGGUCUUGCCCACUUCCACAUUCAGAGAAAUCAAGGCGCCGCUGACUGAGGGUAUCUUUUCUAGUUGCGUUGACCGACAUGAUGGCCGGUCAGAUUUCCUCACGCAUAUUAUGGGCGACAAAAGCAGCAACCCCACAGACCUAGAGUUAAGCUAUGACGAGUUGCAUAGUAACGCUACCGUCAUAAUGAUCGCCGGCUACAAGACGACCGAGACAUCCCUCUCGGCGCUGUUCUACCGACUUCUGUCGACACCAGGGGUGCUUGAGAAACUCCAAACCGAACUUUUCAGUAACUUUGAGAGCAUUGAGGAGAUCACAGGGAAGAAACUGCUCUCACUACCCUACCUGAACGGGUGUGUCAACGAGUCGCUCCGGCUAACGCCCGCAGUGGCGGGCAAGUUUGCGUCCCGUCGGUCUCCGGGAGCAGUCAUCGAAGGCCUCUACGUCCCGAUCGGGACAGAAGUAUAUACGGAGACGUACACCAUGCAGCGGAGUCCACAGUACUGGCACGCCCCGGACGAGUACCGUCCGGAGCGCUGGUUCGAACGGGGUGAGGGCAGCCCCUAUGCUCAGGAUGUGCACGAGGCGUUCAAGCCAUUUAGCUCGGGCCCGCGAGCAUGCCUGGGGAGAGAAAUGGCCCUCCAGACUCUCCGGUUGACCGCAGCUUUGCUGGUAUACCGCUUCCAUUUGAAGAUGGUGAACGAGGACCGGUUUGUAUGGGAGCAGGAUACUGAUUCUAGAAUGGUAUACUCUAAAUAUCAAAUAAAAGCCAUUCUGCAAGAUCGCCUGACUUAG